UUCAACUUUGAACACGUUCUCUCUUCAUUCUUCUUCCAUUUUUCCAAUCGUUUGCAUUUUCAAUUGUGAAAAUGAUAUUGUCGAGAGUUGCUAAGGGAGUUGUUAAGGGAGCUGCCACGAAGCUCGAACAGAGACCAGCUGAAGCACCACAGAGUUUACCGGACAUAGUGUUCACGUUAGCAGAAGCCAUAAGGUUUUUUUAUUCAGAGACCUUGGGAAAAUGGCAUCUCUUGGAUUUGCCAAGAGCCAUUCUUUUUUCUAUCAUGGACAAGAGUAAGAAAACAGUUCCAAUGGAAUGUGGAGUAAGAAGUGACUGUGUUCAACUGAAAGACCCCGAACUGUUAAAGGAGUUGUAUGAGCUCAAAAAAUGCUUGACUCGAACCAUGCUUUUCAGCAAGAAAAGCUUUCGUGUUUUUCUAUUCGCUGCUGGAUUUUCCAAGGAGGACGUUCUCUUCCGGAAGAAAAGAGCUAGGCUUCUAAAGCCUGCAUUCACAGUUAUACGUGAUAAAGAAUCAAACUGUUUGUUUGUGUUCAUACGUGGAACUCAAAGCAUAAGAGAUACCCUGACAGAUGCAAUCGGUGCUCCAGUGUCCUUCAGUCCCUACAUUUACAUAGAUGGUGAGCUAAAAAAGAACAUGGUUUCAGGACAUGGACACCGUGGUAUGGUUGCUGCAGCUGGUUGGAUCAAAAAGCACUGCACUCCUAUACUUCUUGAUGAACUUAGAAAAAACAAGGAUUACCAAAUCAAGGUCGUUGGGCACUCGCUUGGUGGUGGUACUGCUGCACUGUUGACAUAUAUGCUUAGAGAAGUAAAGCAGUUCUCUUCAUGCACUUGUGUGACCUUUGGCCCAGCUGCUUCUGUGUCAUCGGAAUUAUCGGAAUUCGGGAAGGCCUUUAUCAUUUCCGUUAUAAACGAUUUAGACGUAGUGCCUACUUUGUCAGCAUAUUCUGUUGAUGGUUUCAUUCGUGAGGGUAAGGUUAAGCACGAAAACAUACUAAGUAAAGCACAUAGCUCUAUAACUGCAAUUGGAUCUCACUUACCAUUUGCAUCUAGUGUUAAAGCCCUUUCAGAUCAUGCAGUAUCCCUUGGCUCCAAGGUUGUCAAGAAGCAUAAACAAAGAACUCGGUCAUUGUUUUCCUUGCCCCAAAAACUUGUCAAUGUUGGCACAUUCUCAAGCUCUAAAUCAGAUAACUUGGCUGAAGCUUCUCGAUCAUCCGAGAGAAGUUAUGAAGAGAUAAUAAUGUCAGAGUCUACGUCUGAUGAGGAUAACUCUAAUUUCUCUGAUGAAGGUGAUGACAAUGAUGAAUUAGAUGAAGAGGAAAAAAAUUUAUAUGCUUUCCAGAACAUCGUUACUUCCACUGCCUCUCAAGAAGAAUUGUUGAGUCAAUUGGAGAAACUUGAGCUGCAGAAACAGGAAAAUAUCCGUAAGGAAAAAGAGGUCAUAACCAAAGACAUCACUGAAGAAGAAACCAUUGAGGUUUUCCAUACUGAAGAAAGAGGUGCUGUAACGACAACAUCAGACGACAUGGAUAUACAUCCUCUUUAUCCUCCAGGCAGGAUCAUGCAUAUUGUUCCUGAAAAUUCUGAUCCAAAAAACUAUGAUUCUGAUCAGAAAUACCUCUACUUAUAUGAAACGCCUAAACAACUCUAUGAAAAACUUAGGGUUUCAAGAAGGAUGAUAUUUGAUCAUAUGACAAACAAGUAUCUACAGAUGUUACAGAAGCUGAUCAAUCAACUAGAGGAGGAACAUUUGAAAAAGCGUGGAUGAGAGCCAAACAAUAACAAAUGGAAAAAAAACAUUAGGUCUCCUGGUUGGCUCCUUAUAUCUAAAGUUGGGUCUUUUAUUGCCAUGUUUAUUGUGUAAUAAAUUGUAAUUUAAAAGUAUGCUUUGAUAUGUUAGGUUGAAAUGGUUUGCUUAAUUUUCCUGAAGUUUGUAAUUGUUGAGAAGUCUUAUGAAUGAUAGUUUCUGGUUUUACUUUAA